CUGUCACAGGAAGGCGUCCGUCCUCACACGUUCUGGACUCAAAGCGUCAACAGCCUCUGACAGAAGCGCUUGUUCCAGCGGUGGAUGAGGUGAAGCGAUGCUGUGCCUGUAGGCUGCCGAACCGGAUGCCCCUCAGUGACAGCGAUAGAGAUUUCCAGUCCUAACUCGCUCUCCAAGACUUGUGAUAAUUAAGUAUUGAAGCGCGUGUGCCGAGCGCCUGCAUCGCCAUGGAUCAGCCAGCCAGCAGCUGCAUGCGGAGCGCCCACCCCAGCAGCCCUCUGUGGGGCUGCAUGCGGAGCCCUCACUCGGGGGUUCCUGGAGCUAACCUGCAGUCGCCGUACCAGCAGGCCCCGUUCGCCCUCCACCAGAAGCCUGAGUUCCUGGCCUACACGGACUUCUCCGGCUCCUGCCUGCUGCCGACGGCGCCGCACCCAGCCUACCCUCGCGACGACAGACUGUACCAGGAGAGCCAGUACCAGAGGGCCGACUGGCAGUUCAACCCCUGUGAGACGCGGCUCAGGGCGUCCGAGGCCUGUCCGCCUGCUGUUACGCCCUCGGCGGUGGGCGGCGGCGGGAGCGGAGGGCCCGAGUUGGACAGUGUUACUGGGGAGAGGCUGCCCGGGUCAGUGCCCGGGUGCCUGGAUGGAGAGUACUCGCCUCAGAGCGUGGCGUCGGCCGACUCGGACAAGAAGAGCUCCAACAAGAGGAAGAGAGAAGUCACAGAUAACCAGGACUCUAGCUUCAAGGCGGACUCCAGCUGCAAGGCCCGCAAAGAACGCACGGCGUUCACCAAGGAGCAGCUGAGGGAGCUGGAGGCCGAGUUCACCCACCACAACUACCUGACCAGACUCCGCCGCUACGAGAUCGCCGUCAACCUGGACCUCACCGAGAGACAGGUGAAGGUUUGGUUCCAGAACAGGAGGAUGAAGUGGAAACGAGUGAAAGGAGGGCAGUCGGCUUCACCCAACGAUCAGGAGAACGACGACAUAGACUCCGCCGCCUCGCCCAGUUCUGAAUGAAUGAGCCCCUUUUGUUUCGGUUCCAUUUGGGCUUUUUGGCAAAGGAGAUGAAAAUGACCUAAUGACACAGAGACUGUGCUAACCUGGACACCACUGCAACCCAAUGUAACCACUGCUCAUCUCUUUGGGAAGCUUGAGGAAGAAAAGAGAUAUUUAAUUUUUUAUUCCCAGGAAGAAAUCACUGAGCAUCUCCUUUGCAUUUUGUGUUGUAAAUACUUGGUAUGUCUCUGAUGAGCUUCAUUCUGGUAUACGUUUCUAAACACUCUGUCGUUGCAGGCCGCCCUCUUGUUGCAGAGAAAAUACUUAGAGUCAUUGUAGAUCAGUGACACAGUCCAUACAGCAGCUCCACGGCCAGCGAUGACAUAUCAGCCCGUGAUGUGAUUGUGUUUGAGUGCAUCCCCUUUGGUUAUAAUCACGGCCUCUGACGCUUGACUACAACCACCUGGGAAACUUCAGACUGCACAAGUGUUGCCAAGCCAUAAGUGCUUCAGAAUCACAUGUUCCUUUUUCCUAGAAUAUAGUUUUUCUGUCAAACAUUUUUUUACUAUUCUUUUUUUAUACAUUUUGAAUGUUAUUGAUAAAACACAGAUGUUGCCUGUUUCUGCAAAUAGAAUAAAUCAUCUGCUCAAAACUGGGGAAAAUAUCUUUAUAAUUU